AGUCAAAUUAUAUUUUAAAUUAUACAAAGAUUUCAAAAUUAUUAUUCAACACCGAUUUUUUAACUUUUUGAUAACAUGGAUUGGCCAAGUAAAAAUGUUCCACGAGGAGGUUUUUUACAACCUGCAAGGUGUACUUACAACCCUGAGACUCACCAGUUUCUUAAACAACUAUUACAAGAAAGCAAAAUGACAAUGACACAAAACAAGAAAAAUAAUUAUUUCUUAAGGAAUGGUGAACCCUUUCCGACACAAACCAGAAGCCAUUCCCAUAUUCCUCAGAUAUCUAUCAGACCUGGAAGCUCCAAGAAACGUUCAAGAGAAACUAUAAUGAACUCAGGAGUAUACGAAAGAGAACAAUUUUUUCCAAAACCUAUUUUAUUUGACCGAGAGAAGGAAAAAGAAAAACUACAGAAUCAAAUGGCAUAUAAAGCAGACAUUGUCGUAAAUCAGAAGAAAGUUAUAGAGAAAAAGAUUUGCCAGGAUAAUAAAGAAGAAAUUAAUCGCUUUGAUCAGUUGGUGCAAGAGAUAAGAGAUCGAGAAGAGUGGUUGAAAGAAAUGGAAAGUUUGGGACAAGGAGAGAAAUACAGACAAAUAAUAGAAUUACAAAUUCAAGAAAAAGUGCGUGAAAUGAACAGAAUGAAAUGUUCAAAUUAAUGUUUAUUAUUAAUUUGAACUGUUUAUUAGAUCUAGUAGCAUAUGUUAUAUGUAUAAUAAAUAUACUGAUUUCUAUUUAUUAGUAAUC